GGGAAUUUGGCAAGACGCAUCCUGCACCAAAUUCUGUGGCCUGUGGUGUGUUACCUAAGAGAAGCAGGGGUCCAUGACAGCCACAUCAACACCUGGAAUCAUAGCUAGUGGGGAAGAUGAGCCAAGGAACUGUGUGGUGUGUGGGGACCGAGCCACAGGCUAUCAUUUCCAUGCUCUGACGUGCGAGGGCUGCAAAGGUUUCUUCAGACGAGCAGUCAGUAAAAGCACGGGUCUCACCUGCCCCUUUGCUGGAAGCUGUGAGAUCAGCAAGACCCUGAGGCGCCACUGCCCGGCCUGCAGGUUGCAGAAGUGUCUAGGUGCUGGCAUGAGGAAAGACAUGAUACUGUCGGCAGAAGCCCUGGCAUUACGACGAGCAAAACAGGCACAGCGGCGGGCACAGCAGACUCCUACACAACUGAGUCAGGAGCAGAAAAAGCUGGUCCAGACCCUUCUGGGGGCCCACACUCGUCAUGUUGGCACCAUGUUUGACCAGUUUGUGCAGUUCAGGCCUCCAGCCUACCUGUUCAUCCAUCAUCAUCGUUUGCCUACCCUGACCCCUGUGCUACCUCUGCUCACACACAUCGCAGACAUCAACACUUUCAUGAUGCAGCAAAUUAUCAAGUUCACAAAAGAUCUGCCCCUUUUCCGAUCCCUGCCCAUGGAGGACCAAAUCUCCCUUCUCAAGGGAGCAGCUGUGGAAAUAUCUCACAUUGCACUCAAUACCACUUUCUGUCUCCAAACACAAAACUUCCUGUGUGGACCUCUUCACUACACAAUGGAAGAUGCAGCCCAUGCUCUCUCUCUUACAGAUCGGCCUGGAGUUACCCAGAGAGAAGAGAUUGAUCAGUUGCAAGAGGAGAUGGCACUAACUCUGGACAGCUACAUCAAGGAACAGGAACCAAGGCCCCGAAAUCGGUUUCUAUAUGCAAAGUUGCUGGGCCUGUUGGUUGAACUCCGGAGUAUUAACAACGCAUACUGGUACCAAAUCCAGCGCAUACAGGGACUAUCUGCUAUGAUGCCACUGCUCCAGGAGAUCUGCAGCUGAGCCCCAGCCUGGCCUCCUUCCCCAGCCCACUUGGGACACACUGGACUGG